CAGACAUCUUCAUCAAGUCCUCCCAGGUUUCUACAAUAAAUUCUAUUCAAGCUACACGAAACAGUGAGUGGAGGCUGUGAAGACUCUUUUCUCCAUGCCCGGAUACUGGAAGGAAUUUGCCAGCAUCCAAUUUCAGCAGGGUUGGGACAUGAUAGCCUCCCGCAAUUACUACUCACAGGGUGUUGGCGUGAUUGCAAGAGUCAUGAUCGAGUUUGAGAACCCUCAGCUCCCUGCCGUCUUCAGAGAGGCCGUCACCACUGUUCAAAGGGAGAAGGAGGAGGAGCAGAGAAAUAUCGCCAUGACUUUCUGCACUGAGGUGCAAUUGUUAUGGGCCCAGCUGCCAGCGAUCAUGGACAUGUCCUAUGACAGGGAUGGAGGGCGUGUCAUGGGGGCCAUGCAUCAAGCUGGAGACAUCAUCUACCUCCUCGACAGGGAGGGGCUUGGCUCCAUCUCCCAGGACAUUGCAAUCAGCCUUCGCCCCUUCAUUGAUGACGAGAGGGGCAGUGUGCGCUCCGCUGCCAUUUUACUGCUUGGCAACGUGGUGAGCAGUGUGAAGGACCCGGACGAACCCAUCGUGCAGCAGGAAAUGAUCCACUGCUGCUGCUGGAUCUUGAAAACCAGCAUGAGAGUGUGA